AUGCGAAUAGCCAUCGCCGGAGCCGGAGGGUUCGCGGCCAUCCUCACUCGUCACAUCACAAAGACGACCAACCCUCUGAUAGUCCUUUCCAGAAAUUCAAGACCAGAUUUGGAGCAACGUUAUGACUGCCAGGUUGCUGUCGUCGACUACGACGACGCUGAGAGCCUUCAAUUCGCCCUCCAAGGCAUCGAUCUCGUCAUCUCAACGAUCCGCGGCCAAGAACAGAUUAACCUAAUCCACGCCGCUCGCCAUGCUCGUGUACGCCUCUUCGUCCCGGCAGAGUUCGAAGGGUCGGUAUCUCACAGACCAUCUGGUGACGACCCUCUCGACUAUGGAUCAUUCGAAGCCAUCGAGCUGCUGAAACGCUGUGCCAGCUCCAAGUCUCGCAAGAUGGACUACACGGUCUUCUCCUGUGGCAUUCUUUACGAACAUUUUGCCCCUGGUGGGUUGGCGGGUUGUGGCAUGGGUGACCGUGCUUGCAUAAGCAGCCCAGGGGCUUACCUUGUCGACGUUGGAAAUGCCACAGCCGACAUUGUUGAGACAAAUGAAUCUGGGCGACCGGUCCAGGUAUGCAUGACUUCCGUAGAAGACGUAGGUCGUUUUGUCGCUGCCGCUAUCGAGCUUGGCCCCGGCAGCUGGCCUCGAGAGUUCAAGAUGCGAGGUGACAGGAUGUCUGUCCGGGACAUCUUUGCCAAGUGCAGCAAUGUCAGAGGAGGUAAAUCGUACUUCCAAUCGAGGGACUUGGUUGAAGCAGUUUCGUGA